GCGGCGCCGGCAACGGCUGCCACACCAACACACACACAGACAGACGGGCGCAGGAAGAGGAGGGGGAAGAACCGAAGGAGGAAGGAGAUGAGAGGGAAAUAAUUUAGCAGCGGAAGCGGAAGAAGCAGCAGCACGAGGUGGGGGAAGCGGCAGCGGGGUUCUGGCUGAAGUAUUUUAAGGUCUUUAUUAUCAGUGAUACCAGUAAUGUGCCUUGCCUCUUGUACGUGAUUGUACAAGGCAAUGAACGGAACUCAUCCCUGGACCUCCAUGUCCGGGGGUGCAUGUUCUAACCUUGGAUAUGCCAGGGACAUGAAUGGUAAUGUUCCAAUUAGCACCACAAAUUCCUCUGGGCCAAGUAUUGGAGUUAGCUCGUUGGUGACUGACGCCAACUCGUCACUUUCCGGUGGUGCUCAGUUACAGCCAAGUACUAGCAUGAAUGGUGAUUCAUUGAUGCGUGUUCCUGCAUCACCAAUGUCAUUUUCAUCCAAUAACAUCUCUGGCUCUUCAGUCAUUGACGGUUCCAUCAUGCAGCAAAGUCCACCCCAAGAGCAGGUGCAGAAACGGAGGUCUUCAAGUGUAACAUCACAACCUGUGAUCGAUGCUGGAGGUGCAUUGCAUGCUCAGAAGAAAUCAAGGAUUGAUGUUAGUCCGGGUGAUAUCAUGCAGCAACAGCUGAUUCAGCAGCUGAUCCAUGGUCAGAAUUCUCUUCAUUUCCAGGGGCAACAGAACCCACAGCUUCAAGCUUUGAUUCAGCAGCAUAAACUGGCACAACUUCAGCAACGGCAGCAGCAGCAUUUGUUGCAACCAUUUUCUCAGAUGCAACAACCCCAAGUUGGUAUUCCUCGGCUGCCUCAACUUAGGCCACCACUGGCACAGGCUGGAAUGCAGUUAAGUGGUCCUGUUAGGACUCCUAUCGAGAGUGGGAUUUGUUCUCGCAGGAUACUGCAGUAUUUAUUUCACAAGCGUCAUCGUCCAGAGAAUAACCCUAUAACAUACUGGAGGAAGCUUGUUGAAGAGUACUUUGCACCUCGAGCAAGAGAAAGAUGGUGUGUCUCUUCUUAUGACAACAGAGGGAAUUCUUCAGCUGCUGCACCACAGAAAUCUCUGGAUACAUGGCGAUGUGACAUUUGCAAUACACAUGGUGGGAAAGGAUAUGAAGCUACCUAUGAAGUACUUCCUAGACUCUGCCAAAUUAGAUUUGACCAUGGUGUUAUUGAUGAAUACUUGUACUUUGACUCACCCAACGAAUUCCGGUUGCCAAAUGGACAAAUGGUGCUGGAGCAUGCAAAAGUUGUUCAAAAAAGUGUUUAUGAACAUCUACAUGUUAUACAUGAGGGACAUCUGAGAAUCAUUUUCACACCAGAACUGAAGAUAAUGUCCUGGGAGUUCUGUUCACGGCGCCAUGAGGAGUACAUCACUCGCAAGACUAUAGCACCACAGGUUAAUAAUCUGCUGCAAGUUGCCCAGAAAUACCAAGCUGUUGCCAGUGAAAGUGGAUCAGCGGGGAUAUCAAACAAUGAUGCACAAACCAUCUGCAACAUGUUUGUCACUGCAUCACGGCAACUGGCAAAAAAUCUAGAGCAUCACACCUUAAAUGAACAUGGGCUUUCUAAAAGAUAUGUACGCUGCCUGCAGAUAUCGGAGGUGGUGAAUCACAUGAAGGACUUGAUUGAGUUCAGCCACAAGAACAAUCUUGGUCCUAAAGAGAGCCUGAACAGUUAUUCGAAAACCAUGGCGAAGUUUCAGAAUAUGCCUGAUUCAAGACAGCUCAUGGCUGCUGCUAACCUUGCCAAUAACCAGAGCAACACCAAACUAAUGGGGGUCAAACAAGAGCCAAGUACUUCUGUGAACAAUCAGACUCCUGGUGUUGGAACCAUUGGCAAUAACACUCUACAGAAUGCCACACCUCUAAACAGCUACCAGAAUAUGCUCAGAAGCUCCAGUGCAAAUCCGAUUUUGCUGCAGCAGGAGGCAUCAAGUGUCUUCAAAGGUCCUGCGGCAAUGCACAAUGGCAUACAGCUGGAAGCGGCCAGAUCCUUCCGUGGACCUAACCAAGUGCAGUUCCAACACCCCACGUCAUUUCAGCAGCCUAUGCCGCAGCAAAACAAUUUCCAGGGUUUUGGUGUUAGCCCACAAUACCAGCAACAUGUGCUUAAUCAGCUUCUGCAGGAAGUUAAGAAUAAUAACAACCGCACAAAAGCACAGCAACCACCUCCAGAUGCUCCUAAUGCGAGCGGUAGUCUCGCAUCAGGAGUUGCUAUCCCCAACGUUGCUGCUACUGGGGAGCAGGGACAACAUAUCAAUAAUAGCAACAGUAACCAUAACAGCGCGGUGAAGGGUGCUGCUCCAGCUGGCACUGGCCCUAGCAAUGUGAUCAACAAUAGCACAGCCAGCAUUGCCCCUGGCAGAAACAACAGCUUCAAGUCGGUGAGCAGCAGUCCAGCUGCUGCUGCUGCUACCACUACCGCUGGCAAUGCCGUGAACUCAAAGGUCGAUGACUCCUUCCUUCAACUGGAGGACCUCGAUGACACAAUCACUAACGCACUGGUGGAAAGCGGGCUGUUCGGUGCAGGACAAGGGUGGUAGUGCCUUGCCGUGGUAACAUGUGAGCAUGUCAGCACGGUAUAUAAACGUCUCACUACUCUUGAGUUCGUUUGCCGUAAGCGCCAAACAAUGAUGUAGCCUGAUUGGUGCUGGCAAGUGCUUUGCCACCCUUGUCUUUCUGGAGCUUCUGUAUUGACAGUUUCUCAUCAUCAUAUCGUACACUGAUGUAACUCCAGAUGCGUAAGAUAGUGAGUGAGUUGGAUUUGGCUUGGGAAUCGGGAGUGGUGCAACCACUAGCUGUUAGCGUGUGUAUGACAUGUUGCUGAAUGAUAUGAUGUGAUUAUCGCAAGGUCACAAACAUUACCUCUGUCAUGUAUAUCAUUUUCAUGCUACAGGGAGUGCCAAUUAUAAUCUCCUGUUAUCUAGAACAGGUUGUGUGUUU